CUGGAGGUGGCUCCCAGUGCGAGCAGGUGUAGGGCGCAAGACUGCUGGCACUGGAAGGUUCCCUAGAGGGGGACGCGCACUGCGCCCGGUUUCCAUGGUAACGCCAGGGCGCCAACACUGUGGGCUCUAGCCCAAGGGGCUCCGGACUGCUGCCGGAAGUGACGCGUUCACCUGCCGAGCUGGGGCGGGGCGCAGAGGUGCCUUCGCUGCUGCCACCGCCGGGAGCUAGUCGGGAGUGUACCGGGCUCUGGAAUACCAAGGUCCCCGGCUAAGAGCGUUCACCUGCAAGCUACGAGCGGGCCGCCUCCAUGGCGCUCCUACUGUGCUUCGUGCUCCUGUGCGGGGUUGCGGAUGUCACCAGAGGUUUGAGCAUCACCACUCCUGAACAGAGUAUCGAGAAAGCGAAAGGGGAAACUGCUUAUCUACCAUGCAAGUUUACACUGAGUCCCGGAGACGAUGGACCCCUGGACAUCGAGUGGCUGCUAUCCCCCUCUGAUAACCAGAAGGUGGAUCAAGUGAUUAUUCUGUAUUCUGGAGACAAAAUUUAUGAUAACUACUAUCCGGAUCUGAAAGGACGAGUACACUUUACGAGCAGUGAUGUCCAGUCUGGCGACGCGUCUAUCAAUGUAACGAAUCUGCAGUUGUCGGAUAUUGGCACCUACCAGUGCAAAGUGAAGAAGGCUCCUGGGGUGGCAAAUAAGAAAGUCCUGCUGACAGUUCUUGUUAAGCCUUCAGGUACAAGAUGUUUCGUGGAUGGAUCAGAAGAGAUUGGAAAUGACUUCAAACUAAAAUGUGAACCAAAAGAAGGUUCCCUUCCACUGCGGUAUGAAUGGCAAAAAUUGUCAGACUCCCAGAAAAUGCCUACUCCGUGGUUAGCAGAAAUGACUUCCCCUGUUAUAUCUGUGAAAAAUGCCAGUUCUGAGUAUUCUGGGACAUACAGUUGCACAGUCCAAAACCGAGUGGGCUCUGACCAGUGUAUGCUACGUCUGGACGUUGUCCCUCCUUCAAAUCGAGCCGGCACGAUCGCAGGAGCCAUCAUAGGAACACUGCUUGCUCUUGUGUUCAUCGGGGCCAUCCUCUUUUGCUGUCAUAGAAGACGCAGAGAAGAGAAGUAUGAAAAGGAAGUUCAUCACGAUAUCAGGGAAGAUGUGCCGCCUCCGAAGAGUCGGACAUCCACUGCCAGGAGCUACAUUGGCAGCAACCACUCCUCCCUGGGAUCCAUGUCCCCUUCCAACAUGGAAGGGUAUUCCAAGACUCAGUAUAACCAAGUCCCCAGUGAAGACUUUGAACGUGCUCCUCAGAGUCCAACUCUGGCACCCGCUAAGGUAGCUGCCCCUAAUCUUAGUCGAAUGGGAGCGGUUCCUGUGAUGAUUCCAGCACAAAGCAAGGAUGGGUCUAUAGUCUAGAACUCUACAUCUCCCUUUUCCGUUUUCCAUGGUUCGUUUCUUCUCUUUAUAUAUCAAAACAUAUUCUAGUCUAAAUUUUAACAGCAGCCCCAAUACACACACACACACACACACACACACACACACACACACACACACACAAAGACGUUAAUAAGAAACUAAGAAACAUGCUCCACAGAUUUCUUGAUUAUAGUGAAACAGUAAAGACUUAAUAGUAAUGGCAUUGACCAUGUGGAAAAGAUGAGUUUUCUUAACAAGUUAAUUUCAAUGGGCAUCUGAUAUUAAAAAAGAUAUGGCACUUUGAAUAUGAUGUCAUAAGUGAAGAAAUUUGUGAAUUUAUAUAUAUAUAUAUAUAUAUAUAUAUAUACCAAAUUGAUACUUGAAUCAUCUGAAAAUGGUACUUUGUGGUUUCUAACAUCAUUUUUAGGUUGUCUGUCUUAUUUAGUUAUGAACAAUAGUAUCCCCUAAAUGUAAGAAACAUCCAUGGAAAAAUGACAAUGUUUGAAUUUGUUUGUAUAAUCUCUCUGAGAAUUCUAAGUAUAUUUGGGAUAUCUCUAAGAGUAGGUAACACUACAGUGUUUUAGAAAUGACUAGUUUCAUUUCUCAGUCAUUCAUAAACAUUAUGAAAUGAUUUCUUUCUUUUUGUGUUUUCUUCUGAGAUAGAGUCUUAGUAUGUAACCUAGGCUGGCCUCAAAUCAUGAUCCUUCUGCUUCAACUUCCUGAAUGCUGGGAUUACAAGUCUGUAGUACUAUACUGGCUGUAGAACAGUGUAAGUAUCUAACUGAUAGACUGCAGAGGCAACAGGAAGUAGUAACCUUUUAUGUGCUAUGGAAAAGCAGCACAUUGGAGAUUCAGCAGAAGGAUUUCCUUCUGCUACACACGGAGAUGAAACCCUUGAGUGUGUCUGGUGCCUCAGGGCCUGUGGACGUCUGCAAAACUCUGACUAGACAGACUGAGGAUUUAGGAUUUGUCCAUCUACAACUAAACACUGGCCUUCCACUUUAGGUGAUGUUUUCGCAAGGAAAAAAGGAAAAAAAGGACAACAAAAAUGUUAACUUAUUAUCUGGCAGUUACAGAUGAGAAUUCUCAAUUUAUUGAUUUUUAAAUUUGUAUUUUGUUUUGUGGCAGGCUGGACUGCACAUUUUAUGUUGUAGGAAUAUGUAUGCUAGGCUUACUAUUGGGAGGACAGUUCCUGGAGGUUAUUUUUCCCCAAGACUCAGUGAACAAAUCUCCUUGAGGCAAGUUAAAUGUCUUCCACCAGCCCUGAAUUCCAGACUUGGGCAAUGUGCUUGCUGUCCUGUGGCCAAACUUGCCUCUCUAUAGUUCUCACAAAUCAACUUUGAGUCUUAGUUUUCUGAAAGUGACUUACUCUUAAAAGAAAUUUAAAAAGGAGUAAAGGGAAUACUCCUAUCUGCCAAAUGUAUUAAGUAUAGUUUUUGUAGAAGAAAGUGAAUUUAUUGUAUCUCCCUUAAGAUUGUGAGGGAGUGUGCGUAGAAUAUAAUGAGCUAGCAGUUUUCUUCUAGUAGAUGCAGUCUGUAAUAAAAGAUGUCAUUAACUCCAAAACCUUUCCCCUAGGGAAUCGUUUUCUGUUAAUCUCUUCAGGUGCUGCACUGGUAAAUGCUACAUUAUCAAUUAAUGUUGGCAUGCAUUUACAAUUAGGCAGAGUAUUGUGUGUACAUUUUAAUGGUGAAUUUAAGAUGAAUGUCCAUGUAAUGGAUUCGUGUACAGUUUUACAGUAUUGGGAAGCAUUUUGUAAAGUAGGUUUAAACCUCACAUAAAAUUACUUUUGAUAUUUGUGUUGAUGUUUUCAUCUGUGCCUUUUUGGGUAAUUUGAUUUCUACUAUGACUUUCUGGUGCCUAUGAGCUGACUAUCACCUACCUGGAAGGUGCUUAGAGGUGAAGGUACUGUUUCCAAAAGCACAUCACUGUGACUCCUCUACCCUUACAGUCUCAAGCUUGCCUCUUCUCCUCUGCCCUUUUUUUGAUGUCACUUGAGUGAUACCAUUGUUUAUAAAGAUUUAAAAAAAAAAAAAAAUCACAUGCCCUGUACUCUUUGACUGUGUUUCUGAUUUAUAACCAUAGCCAUGUUUGACUGUCAGAUGUUUGGCAUUUUUAUAAGAUAUAACAAGAGUAAAUUAGAAUGUAAAUUUUAAUGAUUUUUUACAUAAUGAAGAUUAUGCUAGGUAGAAAUUACUAUAGAAAGUAGAUGUGUGUAACCUUUUCCUUUCCUCAUACUUCGUAUUUAUUUAAAGGCAAACAACACCUAGAGUAUCCGAGUAAGUAUUUCAGUCCAGAUCUGUAGCAACUAUAAUCUGAAAGACAAGCUUGUUUAAAAAACAAAACAACUGAAAACUGGAAGAAAAAAAAAAAAAAGACCGAUAGGAUAUAGAAUUAGAGAUACAGUUAAAUUUUAGGCUUUGGUAUGUAGCUAUUCUCAUUGUAAGUUUCAGUUUACCCAAAGCUCAGACAAGCACUAAUGGUUUCCCAAACAAUUCUCACUGAUGAUUGUAACUGAACCAGGGAGCAAGUAUUUGUUCUAGAAUUAACACUUGUAGUGGUCAACAGUUCAAUAACUUUAUUAAUGCAUUCUAACUAGAGCACCAGUAACAGCCAGUGCCAUACUGUGUCUUCACAGCAGCCUCUUUUGAUUCCACUUUAUAGUUGAGAGACUUAGAACCAUAUUUUAAUGUUACCUGGGGUAAUCUGGAGAGAUGACACUGGAUUACAUAGUCUGUGCUUGCAAUACAGAAAUUUAUGAGUAUUGUUAUUGAUAAUCUGACUGAUAUUUUCCUGUUAGAAAGCCCUCACUGCUGCUGCUGCUGCUGCUGCUGCUGCUCACAGUCUUGUAUUGAGUUCCCUGACUAGUUAUAUAGAUAAACCUUUCCUUAAAUUUGAGUUAUCUGCCAAGGAUUUAUUAGAAUGGAAACACAGACUGGGUGUGUUUGGGGGGCAAGAGCCAUACAGAUUAUGGAAAUGCCUGUGAUUAUAUACAUCUUUGAUCCCAGAACUCUAGAAGUGCAGGAAGAUCUUGGAUUUGAGGCCAGUAGCCAGUUCAAAACAAGCCUGAGCUACACCAAGAGACCUAACACUUGGGGGUUGAACUCAGUGGUACAGUGUUUUGUCUCGAAUAAGCUAAGACUGAGGUUUGAAUCUGAAUUCUUUUAAGACAUGAAUUUCAGAUUGAGCCCUGGGAAUUUAGAAUUUAAGUGAAGAGGCAAGUAAACGUUUUGAUUAAAAAGAACUCACUGCAUGGAGUUGGCUAUUCUUUAAUGUGUGACUUAUUAAAUAACUACUGGCUCUGUGUACACAGCAUGUAAAUUUGAAGCUAUGUGAAUGUCAUAGGUUUUCGUUUUUUCCCUAAAUUUUGUUUCACCCGUGUUUAGAGUGCUCUCAGCUGCCUUAUUUCAGUGUGAAAAGAAAAAAGUUCAUUUUUUAUGUGUUGAAUGCUUUAAAUGUGUCACUUGCAGAGUAGUGUGUAGAAAAAUGCUGGCACAAUUUUAAGUGGUUUGUGACAUUGUAUAUUAUAUAUGUACAUAUAUCUUUAUAACAUCCUUGUGUUUCGUAGUAUAAAUGUUCUGGGCAAGUUUUAAUAUUUCAAUUGCCUCUGGAUAUUCCAGCAAUAAAGGCAACAUGUUCUGCAAUAGAAUUUCUUCUUUGCCUACUUUGACACUAAAAUUAUACAUAUUUGAGCAAGACUGCAUUUGAAAAUAUUACAGAAAGGGAAUAAUAAUAAUACAUAAAUUGGUGAAUUGUGGUUAUUUCUGCUUUUGGAAGGCUGACCAUUUACCUUCCAGAAUUUGACCCUAAGCUCUAAGAUCAAGCUUACAAAAUAUAUGUCCGAGUUUGUAGUUUAGAAUCCAGAUACCAUCAGCGGGGCUGGGUGUUAGCUAGACACCAAAGGCUCUGGCAAAGACCAGCUCUGUGGUUUCUGCUCAUUUGUUUAAUGGCAAAGGUGUUGAGAGGACCCCAAUUCACUGAUUGACUUAUUCUUGUCCCUAAUUGUGAAUUUUGGCAAUAAAUACAGUGGUACUAAGAAUACUAAUCUGACACCCCACAUUUGCAAAGUGGAGUAUGGGUAGUGUCAUUUUCAGAUUUUGUAUUUCAAAUUUCUGGCUUACAUAUCCAGUGAUGCAGAUUUUCAAGUUUGUAAGAACAAUUUUGUUUAAAAACAGAAACUUGCUCUUAGUUUGUGACCUUGUGUACUUUUGAAAUAAAAUGAAGAAAGUA